CAGGAUCUUCCUUGGGCGAAGUACGAGGUCCUCCAGUUGCAGCAGACCCACGUGCUCAGCCGGCGACGCUUAGAGGUGUAAACACACAGCAAGAUCAUCAACAUGAUUUCGUUAUUGAUCCUGGUUGCAGUAUGCUCCGUAGCCCAGGCUGCCGUCGGGUUCGGGUACCCCGCCGCCUACCCUCCCACGUCCUACCCCCUGGCUGUGAUCGCGGAGUCGCCCUACAGCACGGCCAAGUACCUGGCAAACGUACCCCUGGUCAUGGUCGACCAGAACCGCCUCAACAUGAUCAGGAACGCUGAGAUCAGCGGAGUAUCACCAACAGAACCUCUGGUCACCUGCAGGACCGGUGCUGGUCAGGGAUACUACACUGAGGCAAUGCCAGCUGUACAAGUGGUUCUGAAACGCCCUCUCUACAUCUCUCCCCAACAGCACUCCAUCCCGUUUCCAGCAGAGUUGUCAGUGCUCUACGGAGGCCUAAGGAUGGGGCUUCCAGUAGGCUCCGUGGUCGCUCCCGUUCCUCACCAGGGUCUAGACCGCCCCCAGCUUGUAAGGGUGGUGUACGCCAUCCCCUCCGGACCACUACCUCUGCAAUAUCCUUACUACGACCCUUUCGCCUACAGCUCCCCCGCCUACCAACAGACUCAGGUUCUACCAGUCUCGCAGUUCCAGCCUAGCUACACCCCCGCCUACUACACUUCAGCCCCCGCUGGCCCCGCUUACUACAACUCUGUCCCCACCAGCCUCACUGGCCCUGCUUACUACAACUCGGUCCCCGGGGCCCCCGCUGUUCCAUCGGCCCCCACCAAGGAGGUGUCCAACGCCAUCGACGUCAAGCGUCCCAAACCACAGACCGUGACAGUCCUCAACUUCCCGUCAUCCGUUGCCACUCCAGAGGUUCUUUACUAUCAGCCUCCCCUGGGUGACUCUGAGCUCGGCAACCGAGGGCCUCCAGAGGCCAUCGCUCCCGCGGGCAUCGUUCAGUCCACCCAGCCAGUGGCCAGCCUGGAGUCCUUCCUCAACUCCAAGGAGUCUACGCUACUCAACUCCUUGAGAGAACAAGCCGAGAAGAACAAGGACAAGGAGGAUUCAAGCAACGAAGGAGUUCUGGCGCUAUAGACAAAUGUGGAGUGUUUGAAGUAAUUGCAUGAUCUCCCUGAUUUUAAAGUCAUCACGCGAUCGGUGGCUUAAAGUGGUUCAAAUUGUUUGUUUUUCAGUAUAGUUCGUCAUGUAUUUAAUGUAUAUCGGAAUAUAGAUACUGCAUUUGACGGCCCAUUUGUAAUUUUAAUGUCAAGUUUCAAAGCAACAUAGUCGAAAUCCACAGAAAUUGGUAGGGUAGUCACAUCCUAUUUAUGCUAUUUGGUGUUGAAUGCAAGAAAACUAUUGAUCUCAUAAAAAUAUUGCUUCAACUGGGCAUCUCAGUCGUACUCGAAUCUUCGCUAAAAAAAGUGAUGUGUUGUUUCCAAGCCCAUGAUAUCCAACGUAUCCUUAAUCCAUGGCUAGAACAUUGCCUAUUACUACAUUCAAAGCUAUUUCUGUUGAUUCUGGAUUUCACUGUUGUAUUGGGUUUGAUUUGAACUAAACAAUUUCUUUGUUCCAGUAAUUUUGUUUAAGACGAGUAAGAUUCCCGAUCACAUCUUACAAGAACUAUACUGAAAAACGGACGCCAAUGAGUUUGAAGAAAGUGUUAAAGCUACCUCUGUGGCCUAAGAAUUCUAAAAGUCCCGAGCAAAAUGAACAACCAAAUAAAUCGCAAGUGUGAUUCUUCCCAUCCAAAUUAAUACCUGAAACUUCAAUUUUAAAUCCUUAACACCUUUUUACUAGGUAUAGUUUUCAACAAUACUAACUCAUUUCCCCUGAUACAUUAACAUAGUUCCUUGCCUACCUUUAGCUUCCAAGUGUUGUGAUGAUGAAAUGGACUUUAUUUGACACUCUUAAGAGAUUCGACGAUUCCGACUCACCAGGACACCAGUAAAGGGUUACCAACCGAUAUAAUAAUAAACAAGAACCCAAAUCUGUUUUAAGUUAAGUAAGAAUAAUAAACCUUAUUCCAACGAA